AAUAAGCCACAGCUUUAUUCUCUUAUUCAGACAUGUGGAAUUAAUGCAUAAUUAACAAUAUCUAUACUGAAGAAAAAUCAAAGGAAAACUCCAACUCUGCUACAACGUCACAAAGAACGUGUUCAAUAGUCACUUCUCCAGCUCAGAAAAGGCCAGACACAUUUUCUCUGCUAAAAUGACGACUUUGGAGACCAUCUUUUUUUUAUUUUUCUUUGUGCCUUUGGUGAACUUAGUACCAACAAUUAAACAGAAAUCAUCCAAUUAUUAUGAGUACGAUACAGACAUUUUUGAAGAACUUCAAGAUUAUGAAGACAAAUCCCAGGAUGCAAUAAAGAAUAAGGGAAAAGAUGGCAUGAUUGUUUCUCCUGAUUCUAACAUACAGCUGGCACUGCAAAGAGAUGACAGUGUACCUAAAGUGCCACCAACCAAGGAUACAGAUUUGCCCACUUGUCUUCUCUGUGUGUGUUUAAGUGGAUCAGUAUACUGUGAAGAAAUUGAUAUUACUGCUAUUCCCCCUCUGCCAAAGGAAACAGCCUAUCUUUAUGCACGAUUCAACAAAAUAAAGAGAGUAGCAGUCUCAGAUUUUGCUGAUAUUCCUACAUUAAGAAGAAUUGAUUUAACUGGAAAUAUGAUAGAAGAAAUUGAAGAUGGUGCCUUCUCAAAGCUUCUGUUAUUAGAAGAACUUUCACUUGCUGAAAACAAAUUGAUAAAACUUCCAGUUCUGCCUCCAAAGCUAAAUACAUUUAAUGCAAACUACAACAGAAUUAAGAGCAGAGGUAUCAAAGCAAAUGCUUUCAAGAGGCAGGCCAAUUUGUCAUACCUCUAUCUGGCACAUAACGCACUGGAAUCAGUACCUCUUAACUUACCAGAGACCCUGCGUAUUCUGCACCUUCAGUUUAACAACAUAACCUCUAUCACAGAUGACACAUUCUGCAAAUCUAACAACACACGUUAUAUCCGUUCACGUAUGGAUGAGAUAAGAAUGGAAGGCAACCCAAUCAUCUUGGCAAAGCAUCCUAAUGCUUUUUCCUGCUUGAAAACACUGCCUGUAGGGGCAUAUUAUUAAGCAUUACAUAUUAAUUAUACAUGCUAAAAACUUAAAUAUGGUAACAGAUAAGGAUUCCUGUUUCUUUGUUUAAAUGACUAUAUUCUUUCCCUUAUUAUGUUUUCUAUAUACUAGUGAACUUUUAACCAUGUUAAAAUGUAGCUCUAGUCUGAAAAAAAUCACUAUGUAAAACAUCUUCUCACUUGUCAGACCCAAUACCACCUGUACUUUCAUAUUCAUGUAGGCUUAUGAUAGCAUCAAAAAUAUGGGCUUAAACCCGCAACACUUACUUCUGCAAGUAUCCUUUAUUCAUAAGCAUCAAAUGCCUUUAACAUUAGUGGCUUUAUUGAAAUACUUAUAUGAGUAAGAUUGCAGGCUGUAAGUAUGCAUUACUUUAUUCAUUCUAAAGUUGCAAAGCAAACACAGCUGUGAGAAUGUUAUUGCAGCUUGCACAAUUGCUAAUUAAGUUGCAAAAGACAAUCAUACACACACACAAUUCAAUUGUAAGUUGGGAGCAAAGGGGUUACACUGGUGUAACAACAACAAGAAACUAGCUUAAAGUAUUUUAAUUACUAAUUAAAAUCCAUGACCUGGGAAAAGCACAGGUUCAAGUCUUUUUCUCAAUCAGGAAAAGUCGUUGAGUUUAGAUCAGGUUUUGAUCAGGUGAACUUUUGGUAAACCAAGUUUCAAAUGGAACUCACUAAGAAAAAAUAAUGGUGGACUUUUAUAAUCACUUUUUGGAAUAGAAUCCAUAAUCUAUUCUAUUUUAUAAUCACUUUUUAGAAUAGAAUCCAUAGUUCAAUACUUAAACAUGUAAAAUAGACACUGAAAACUUUGUAAAUGCUUCGGAAUAAAAGGCAAAGCUGGUUCUCUCUUAGACUGUGAAACUGCAUGAAAAAACUAAUAUAAAUAUAUUACCAACAUGGUUUUACCCUUUUUGCUUAUUUUUGGACUUAAGCAAUACAAAGGGACACAUUCUCAUAUUAAUGCUAUGGGCUUUUAACUGACAGUUCAAUAAAAUUAAGGUAACUAACUAUACCUUAAAGAUAUUGAUUCUGACUUAACACAAAUACACAAUUUUAGAUUAUUUCUCUGUUUGUUUUUGUUUGUUUCAAUAGGAACUUGCACAGUCCUUAUUUGGCUUAAUUGCUUCAAAAAAAUAAAUGUAGAAAGAAGCUAACAAUUAAUACAGAUAUUAGACUUAUUUUUCCUGAAAAAAUGGUAUAUAAAAGGAGCUUGCUGAAAUGGGAAAAGUUCUCAAUUUCAUAGCUACUUUUUUAUUUGUAUAGUUAUUUAAAUUUCAAAUACAUAAUGGUAUUUCACUAUGACUUUAGAAUCACUGUUUUUCUUCUGUAAUACUAAGCCAGCUUAAACUAACAACUUUUUUUUUAAUUCUAAGUAAACAAUAAUAUGACAGUGUUUGCAUUAUAGAGUAUUAUUACAUGAGCAAUGAAUAUUGUUGAACUGUAUAUUGAUAUGUGCACAUUAAAAGCUUGAGAUUCUAAUGCUAUGAAAACUGACACAAUAGGUUUUUAGUAGUAUCAAAAUCAAAAAUUGUUUAGCUUGUUUUCAUUUUCAUUUUCAUUGAGACAAAAGUGAUUAUUUUAUUAUAAUUAUUUAAAAAAUAAGAACAAGCAAGAUUAUCUUUAAUUCAUAAUUAAGAAAAAUCAGUCACGCUUGCACCUAUAUUGUUUCAUUUUUAUUUCUUUUAAAUCCCCUGAAGUUUGAAAACUUGUCUUGUUAUGGCUGAUAAAUUCACAGACACUAACAGCCAGAAUACUUGAUUUUAAUUUUCCAUUUUAAAAAAAUAUUAUGAGUCAUGAAACUACUAUGCUUUGAACGUAACAAAAUAUAAAAGAAGGAACUCCGCAGCACCCACAAUUACAUUCCAAGUUCAAAAGAAGCUGUGACAAAAGGAAAAAAGAAAAACAUUUUUUAUCCUAGUAGUAGCCAAUGAAUAACAGGAAGAAGAUUCAUCUUAACAAUAGCCAGUAUAAAAAAUGUUGUAUAUGUAGCAGGCACACUAGAUCUUCCUCUUUUCAUUCCAAAUAUUUAUUAAUGAAGAAAGUUCUUUCCAUACUUAAUAGGCUCAAAGAACAAUGAUUAAAGUUGAUUUAUGAUUGAUUUCCUGUGAGAAAGUGGGUUUGUAUAGAUCAGCAAUAUUUCUUAAAAAUGAUCUUCAGAAAAGAUUUAUUUAUAGGCUAUACGACAAACUAAGAGCUAAAUUAAUUUAAUCUCCUAGUAUUCUAAACUAAAAAACUAAAAUACAAGACAAGACAUGGUCUCUGAAACAUCAGAAUAUGUAAUUUUCUAUAGUUUAACUUAUCAUCUCCAACACUGGCUCUUAAAAGCCUAGAGCAGUGAUUCUCAAACUGGGGGUUGAGACUCCCAAGUGGAUCACCAAGGCUGGCUUAGACUUGCUGGAGUAGGCCAAAACCCACACCCAAGAGGUUCAGUCCUGAGUGCCACAUCUCAGAUUAAAAGCCACCGGUGGUUGGCCUUUGGCCUUCGGCCUUCCCACUGAGGCUUACAGGACUCAGAUGGCUCAGGCUUCUGUUCACCCUCCUGAGGUUAUUUAGCAAUUUCUGUUAUUAGAAAGAGUACUGGGCAAUGAAGUUUGAGGACCCCUGCCUUAGAGUAAUAUAGUAUUUGGGCUGGGAAAUAAAGGAUUUUUUAAAGUC